CUGAUUCGAGAGGUUAUGAUGUGCGCAUGUAUGUGGACCAAGUCUGCUGAAUCAUUCGAAUAUCAUAAUCAAUUGUUGGAUGGGUAUGUCGGCGAACAUCUGGGUUCGUUUACUUCGAUAUCCUAUCCCACUACGUCUGCAAUCAUAGUGAGCAGCAUCGAAGACGAAAAAAGUCACAGCAGCGACAAAUUGAUAUUCAUUGCCGAUAUCGGUAAAACUACCUGA